UAUCCGGAAUUUACAUUUUUACUUAGAGAACAUAUUUGUCCUCUUAUGUUAAAAAAUUUAACCAUUAAAUAUGACUUUCCAACUACUAUGAGAAUGUUGCGAAUUGUUUAUAUUCUACUAAAGAGAUUUCAUGAUAUUUUGGUGGUAGAAUGUGAAAUUUAUCUCAACAUGUUUGUCAAAUUUCUUGAACCAAAUUAUCCAUUAUGGCAACGAGUUAUUUCAAUGGAAAUAUUUCAUGGAAUUUGUAUGGAUGGUGCCCUUUUGCGUUCUAUUUAUUUUUCGUAUGAUAAACAAAAUCAUUCCACCAACGUUUACAAGGCAAUGAUUAAUGCUUUUGGACGAUUAGCAGCCGAUAAACAAUAUACUUUAGGUAAAAGUGGUGGUUCAUUAAAUGGGCAUUCGCAUCAAUCAACGCAGGAUGACGGACAAACUGACAUUGAUUGCCUGAGUAUUGCAUGUUCGGUAAUAAAAGUUAAAUGCAUUGACCAGAUGGAAAAGUCAGAUCCACCACAAAUUCCAGAGACAUACCUUUACUAUCUUACUCUUGUAUGCCUAAAUUCAAUUGUAGAUGGUCUUCACGAUUUUGUAAUAAAAAAUCUUACUAGUGUUAUGCAAGAUCAUCAAAAACAAUCUGCCUUACAAUCUAAAUCCCAAAUUCUUGUGGCAGAUAUGGCAAAUACUUCGUGGCCUGGACUGCUGGCAGCACUGUCAUUUUUCCUCUCGACAAACCUUGAUGAUGAAUUAUUUCAUAACGUUUUACGCGCUUAUCAAAAUUUCACUAUUGUCUGUGGUUUUCUUCAUCUUCCAACUCCUCGCGAUGCCUUUAUAACAUGUUUAUGUAAAAUUGCUGUUCCUCAUAUUGCUAUGUCAUCAUCAGAAAGUAACGCGUGUGAGUCUGGAAGUAACAAUCAUAUUAAAACAAAAUUAUCUGUUAGAGAUUUAUCUUGUUUAAAGUCAUUAUUAAUUAUCGCACAGACUAUUGGUGGAGUUUUAGGUGAUUCAUGGUAUUUGGUAUUAGAAACAUUACAACUAAUACAUUAUAGGCUCCUCUCAAAGCAUUCUAGUAAGAGAAUGAAGAAUCGCAGACAUAGUAUGCACCAUACGAAAUAUGAGUCAGUAACUUCUUUACCUUCACAAAUAGCCUCUAGUAGUUCAUCAUCUCUAAAUCAAACAACAACACCAUUAAUUGUACUAAAUUCAUCUGAACCUAUAAAUACUUACCAUCAACCACUUGAACGUGAGUUGUUACCUCAAGCUGAAACAUCUACAAUCUCUCACUCUAAAUCAUCUAAGGAUGAAUUAAAUAACCUGAAGGCGCAAAUUCUGACAUUAAUUGAUAAUUGCAAGUUUCUUAAUGAUAUGGCUUUACAAUAUUUUAUACGAUCUUUGUGUAAGCUUAAUGCUCAAGUGUGUGGUAUUCAACUUAACGAAGAAUUUCAGGUAGCUAGUCAAGAGUUAAUGCUUGUCGAUGAUUAUUUGCACAAAUCAAUUACAUUAGGAGCUUUAGGCGUAAAUAAAAAUCACAAGAAAUCUUUUGCAAUUCAAACAUUACAUACUGCAGCGAUUUUAAAUAUGCAUCGAAUGAUCGCAUGUGAUCCAUCUUUAAUCUGGGAUUUAGUUACAUCACAUCUAAUAAUAACAACGAAUAAUGCUUCAACUCCUCAUCAUAUUCGUAUACAAGCUUGUGAAGCUCUUUCUGAUAUAAUAAUUUCUGCAGUUAAUUAUGUCUCUUUGGCACAAAUAAAAAAUAAUGAGCGUAUUCAAUCUCAAUUACUUAUUUCUCUUUAUCAUAUGGUUGAUAAUUCUGAAUGGAAUUCUAUGCGUUCUAGUGGUGGAGCUUAUGUUGAAGUACAAAAAAUUAGAUUAGAAACAUUAAAUAAAUUACUAGAAACUUCUGGUAGAGCAGGAUAUUCUUUUACUUUUGGAUGGAAUGUUAUUUUAGAAAUGAUUAGGAGUGUCUGCGUGUAUGUAGGUUCCGGAGAGACUAUGGAAGAUGAUUCUGUAAGUGAUGAUAAUUUUAGCAUGUUGGAUGAAUCAAUAUUUUAUAUAUCUGAUACAAAAACGUCAGGUUUAGUUCUUGUAGCAUUUCCUUCCUUACAACUUAUUUGUAAUGACUUUUUGUCAUUGCUAUCUCCUAAACAUUUGAAAGAAUUAAUAAAUACUUUAGGUGCUUUUGGUCUUCAAAUGGAUGAUUUAUAUAUAAGCUUGAAAUCAAUCGGGCUUUUAUGGAAUAUUUCUGAAUUUAUACAAACUAAACGUUCUUAUCUUGAUUACGAUAUUAAGAUGAUAGAAGAUAUUUCAUUUGAUACAAGUGAUAUUGAUAAAGCUAUAAUUAAAGAGUCAGCAUCCAUUAUGGACGUACUCUGGAUAUUAAUGUUAUCACAACUUUUAAAAAUUUGUUCGGAUGCUCGGUCGGAAGUACGUAAUUUAGCUAUUCAAACGAUAUUUCGUUCAGUUGCUAUUUAUGGUACAGAAUUAGAAGUAAGAACAUUGCAUGUAUGCAUACAUAAAGUAUUGUUUCCACUUUUUGAUUCGGUAAAACAAGUAUCAGAAAAGCGUCAAAAUUUGGGCUUGGCAUCACAUAAAGAAUUUGGUGAAUUUAUGUUUUAUCAAUCAAGAAAUACGGCUGACAAACAUUAUGAUGAGACAAAAAUUUUAGCUUUAACUGGAAUAUCUAAACUUUUUAAAAAUUUCAUGCCAAUAUUAAUAGAUUUUGAUGGGUUUAAACAAUUAUGGGAAUUAUUACUUUCACAAUUUGAGUAUUUUUGCUUAAAUUCUAGUUUAGAAGUUUCUCUAGCUGCUAUCAAAUCUUUCAAUACGAUAAUGCAACAUCCAUUUCAAGACAAAUUUCAAUGUAAUGAGUUUAAUAAACUUUGUGAAAAGAUAUUACCAUUUUGGCAAAUAGCUUGGAAUUUUUGGGAAAAAAUUGGAUUAGAAAUAAUUACAAACUCUGAUACGAAGAAUUCAAUGGCGGUCUAUUUUACUCAAGAUGCCCUUAAAAUUUAUUUAUUAGUUUUUGGUGAUAUUUAUAGGAUAAUUUAUUCUAAAUUUACGAUAAAUGAAUUAAAAAGAUUUUUCAAAAUCACUUAUGGAAUUUUAACUUAUUCUAAUAGUCCAUUUUAUAUGCCUGAUUGUGAUUGUCUAACACCUUUACAAGAAUCUAUAUUAGAAAUAAUUGAGCAAUUAGAUCUAAAUAUUUCGGGUGUACCUGUGGCAGUUUUAGAAAAUUUAGCUGAUUAUAUCAUUCUUGCAUUCACAAAAAAACAAAUGAAUGAGAAAUUGAAAGGAAUAUAUGGGUCAGUUGAACAACAAAAAUUGACAAAAGAUUUAAAUUCAAGUAAUAAACUUUUAAAUAGUGAAAUUAUUGGUAUAUCAACAUCUAAAAAGUCAUAUUCGGUAGUUUCUUAUAUUGCAUUUUCAAAAACCGUUAUGCAAUUGGUUAAGAAUUUAUUCAAAACUUAUGCUAAUGAUAAAGUAGUUUAUUUAGAAGAGGUUUUUAAAAAGAUUAUAAAGGCAUAUAGUGUUCUUAUGGAAUUAAAAUAUUAUUGCCCUCUAUCGGAAAAUGAUAAUACAGAACUUUGGAAAAUAGCAUCAAUGACAUUUUUAGAGGUUGUAAAUCACGGAUUGAGUGCUUUGGACUCCAUCUCUGAAGAAUGUAUUGUAAGCAUUUGGGAACAGAUAUUAGAAGUUCUUCAUAAUACUAUAGUAUCUAAAAGCAAACCAUCAUCUAUUCAUAUUGAACAGCUCAAUAUUGAUGAGUCCUUUGACAUAAAAUUUUUUUCAGAUUUACAAACACAAGUAUUAAUUCACUUGGGACAUUCUCGUGUUCCACAAUCACUUAUAUUUGAUGUUGUGAAAAUAAUAUAUGAAGGAUCAAAACUAUAUUAUCCUAAAGUAGAUAAACAGACAAUGUGUAGUGAAAACAUCGAUGAAUAUUUUCAGCCAUUUGAUGACUUGGAAAUGCCGUGCUGUAGACAAAUAUUAAAAAAUGUUGAAAGUGUACCGAUUUCUAUCACUCCAGUAGAACGAGAAAAGUUUGCUUAUGUUUGCUUAGAAUGUUUGUUUGAACUCUGUUCUGAUGAAAAAGAUGAUUUUUUUGAUCUAAGACAAAGGUUAGCUAAAGUAACUGCUCCUGUUUUACUCAAACGAUGUGCUUUUGUAAUUCGCAAUUAUACUAUCGAUCAACCGCUAUUGGGAAGAUUUCCUUUUUUAAGAGUAAGAAAUGAUGAAAUAUUGUUCAUAUUACAAAAAUUGGUCAGAUUACAAUUUCGCCAAAAUAUAUUACAUUUUAAUGAAACUUCAAUAACCAGUCCUUUGAAAAAACGUAUUUUAUCAGGUCAAAAUGCACAUUUAUUUUAUUUACAUCCUGUAAUAAGUGAAGCUAUUGGUUUAAAAGAUUCGAAUAUUAGUGAAUUGUUAAAAGAAUGCUUGAGAAAAAUUGGAGAGGAACUAGAAGUUUAUAAAAUUAAUUUUAGACUGAAUAAUAAUUAA